ACUGACAGCUCCAAUGCACUCUUGGAUUGAUUGGCUGUAUGACUAGCCAAAGGGCUCCAGGAUGCUUCCCAGCUGCAUUGGAGCAGCUUCAAAGUUCUCGAAAUUAUAUUUACAGUAUCUGCCUAUAGGAAGGGAGCGCUGAGAGCCGCAAGCCAAUGGGAACGAGAGAGGUGGAGAUGGAAUCAGGUUCCAGGAAGUGGCGGCUUCAGAGUUGAAUUGAGUGAAGCAGGAACAGAAAAGGGCUGAAGUGUUACUCUGCAGAUUUGGACUGCUACCGGCAAUCAGUAACAUCUGGAGGGCAACACUUUGCCUACCCCUGAUUUUAAUCAAAGGUGACAGACACUUCUCUUCUGUAAGACCAUGUGGGAUCCCAAUGCAGGCCAGCCAGGCACCUACCCUGGAGCAGCCUAUCCUCCUAACCCUUCUUACCCAUCUGGCUUUAACCCUGCACACGCUCCUCCUGUGAACCCCGCCUUCCCUCCAGGGCCUGUCCCUGCUGGCUCCUACCCAGCUCUGCCCGGAGGCAUUCCAGGGCAGCCUGCUUAUCCGCCAGGGCACCCCAUUCAGCCUCCCUAUCCUGGGCACCAACCUGGUUACCCUGUCCCACCUGGUGGCCCCUACCCUCCGCCUGCCCCCGGCAUGCCUGGAGGAAUGGGGGUUAACCCUUUGAUGCCUGGGGGCAUUGCCAUGGGGCCGAUGGAUAAGAAGGCCGAAAAGAAGAUGAGGAAGAAGAUGAAGAAGGCCCACAAGAAGAUGCACAAGCCCCACAAGCUCCACAAGCUCCAUGGCAAGCAUUCCUCCUCCUCUUCCAGCAGCAGUGACUCCGACUGAGGCCAGCCCUUCCUUCCAAGCUGCAUCCUAUCCUUGCGCCCCUCUUCUUGCCUCCCACUUAAAUCUACUGAAUUGUCAUUGGAUAAAAACAGCACCUGCUUUCUGCCUUGCGGACUUGAGCCAAAUAUCAAGCUUAUCUCAUUGGCCCAUGGACUCCUCUACGAAGCUUGGGGUUGCUAGUUGAUCAGGGAUGGUGUGAUUGCACUGCUGCAUCUUAAUAAAUCUAAGUGGUAGACCAACCCAGUCACCUUAAAAAGAGAGCGCAUCUGCAAACAUAGUAGCACCCUUUAGCCUCCUGUAAUGCAAAUCAUAGAGCCAUACAACACACCUGAGCUUUCUCAGAGGCUCCAAGCACCUGGAGUCCAGUUGAAUGAUCCCUUUAAGUUUAAGCUGAGGUUAUGAUUUCAGGAUCCUGGACCUAAGUGCUAUUAAAAAUCAUUUGCACUUCCCCCUCUCCCUCUUUAAAGGAGAGGGGACCUCAUAUUUGAAAUGCAUUUGGAGAAGGCAUUUUGCUCAUUUAGCAUAAACAACAACGAUAAGUUUUGCUAAAUGACAAAAUAUGUUUGAUCAGCAAUGAUCUCCUUGAAGGGCACACAUAUUUAGUAUCUCCAUACUUCAAUUUAGUGUCUGAGUUCUUUUUUUUCUUUCAUGAAAUGUCUUGUUUGGGAUGCAUCUUACGAAAGUUGGUUUGUUUUCUUUGUUUUUCUACUUUGGUGUGAGAAAAAAACACAUGAGCAAGUCAGUAACCCUCAGACCCCCCUUCUACACUGCCGUGCACCCCAGGAUCUGAUCCCAUAUUAUCUGAUUAUCUCAGAUUAUAUGGCAGUCAGGCAUGUAGCCGGGAGGGUGGGGGGCUUGAGUGGCUUCAGCCCCCCCCCCCCCCGAAAUUCUCAGGGUGGUCUGCGAGAAGGCCUUACAUUUAUUAUUUAAACUGUUAUGUUUGUACAUAUCAUGAUCUGAUCACCAUGCUCAAUAUAUAUAUAUAUAUAUAUAUAUAUAUAUAUAUAUAUAUAUAUACACACACACACACACACACACACACACACACACACACACAUACACACAUACAUACAUACAGUAGAGUCUCACUUAUCCAAGCUAAACGGGGCGCCAGAAGCUUGGAUAAGCGAAUAUCUUGGAUUAUAAGGAAGGAUUAAGGAAAAGCCUACUAAACAUCAAAUUAGGUUAUGAUUUUAUAAAUUAAGCACCAAAACUUCAUGUUAUACAACAAAUUUGACAGAAAAAGUAGUUCAAUACACAGUAAUGUUAUGUUGUAAUUACUGUAUUUACGAAUUUAGCAGAAAAAUAUAACGAUAUAUUGAAAACGUUGACUACAAAAAUGGCUUGGAUUAUCCAGAGGCUUGGAUAAGCGAGGCUUGGAUAAGUGAGACUCUCUCUCUCUAUAUAUAUAUGUAUAUAUAUGGGCCCCUGGUGGCACAGUGCGUUAAAGAGCUGAGUUGCUGAACUUGCGGACCAAAAGGUGCCAGGUUCAAAUCCCGGGAGCGGAAUGAGCGCCCGCUGUUAGCCCAGCUCCUGCCAACCUAGCAGUUUGAAAACAUGCAAAUGUGAGUAGAUCAAUAGGUACCGCUCCGGCGGGAAGGUAACGGCGCUCCAUGCAGUCAUGCCGGCCACAUGACCUUGGAGGUGUCUACAGACAACGCCGGCUCUUCGGCUUAGAAAUGGAGAUGAGCACCAAUCCCCAGAGUCGGUCACGACUGGACUUAACGUCAGAGGAAAACCUUUACCUUUUACGUAUGGGGGUAUUGGGAUAAUGAUACAAAAGGUUUGCCAGGGUAGAUCCUCUCUCACUCAGACUCAGCCCCCCCCCCCCCCCGCCGAACCAAAAUCCCCCCUUCCCCCCCUCCCCGAAUCAAAAUCCUGGCUACAGUACUGAUGGCAGUGGAGACUCAUAUAAUCCAAUUCAAAGUAGAUAAUCUUGAAUCAGAUCCUGGCAUAUAGGGCAGUGUAGAUCCAGUCUCAGUGAGCUUAACUAUAGCAUUACAUUUGUGGGCAUGUAUUUGAUUGGACCAAAGAUUAUCUGAUCUGAGGUGGUUGAGUGUCUAGAAUGGGAUAGUGUGACCAUAAAGGCACUCUUUACAGAUUUUAUAUAUCACAUGCUGCAAGCUAUUGCAUCAGGAAGAAGCCUGUUCUUUCUGUUUACCCCAAGGUGUCUUCCAUGCAUGGAAAGUGUUGCUUACGUAGAUGAUACCCAGAUCUGCAAACUGGUCAGCCAGUUAAAAAGUAUAUGUCCUACAGGGAUGGGUAACUGUUUUACCCAAGCUGUGUUGGACUACAGCUCCUACAAUGUCUUUGGGGCUGAUGGGCAAAAUGAUAUGGACAGCCGAAUGUUCCCUUCUGUCCAGUAUGCUUUACCGGGGCCGUAUGGACUAUAGUGAAGAAAGACUUCUGAGAAGUAAAAUUCUGUGACUUUACUCUCCUUGGGGAACAGAUAUUGAAACCAAAAUGGGACCAUAUCUUCGUAUGAAUGUGUGUGUAUCCUAUAUCAUAUUCUUCUCUCCGCCGUCCAGCACUCUGGCAAUGGAAGCAGCAUGGCCAAUUCUACCUGUCUUGUAUUUGUUGUCUCUCAAUAAAAGAUAUUGAUAUUAAUACUCAACUAAA